AUGGUCAAUAAUUCAUCAAAUGAAGAGUUAAACCUCAUAUCGGAUGCACAACAACAAAUUGAGGAACAAAGUUCAAAACAAGAUAUACCAUCAGAUGAAGAUUUUCAUAGUAUAAACAAUGUAUCACAUCCGUCAAGUCCACAACUAAAUAAUUCUAAUAAUGAAUCUAAAUUACCUUCCAAUACAAUUUAUUCAAAUAAACUACAAUCAGAUUUAGAUGUUUCAACUACAGCAACUUUAAGUAAAAACAAUUUAACUAAGUCCAUAUCAGAUAUGGGGAUUUAUCAACAACAUAUACCUUCAAAUUAUCAAUACAAUAAACAUGAUGAAUCAAUAUUUGAUGAUGAAAAAUUAUUUCCAUGUUUACCUACGAGUAAUAUACACGAAGAUUUAGUCAAAUUUGAUGAAAAAAAUUCAGAAUUAAUUAAUAAUGCUACAAUUAAAGCAUUAAUAGUACAAAUGACUUCACCCGAAGUAAUUGAUUAUAAUCUUAUUUGUGAUUUUUUUUUAACUUAUAGAAUGUUUUCAAAUGGUUAUGAUAUAAUGAAAUUAUUAAUGACAAGAUUAAUAUGGUCAUUACAAUAUAUAAGUUCAGGUACAGAAUUUAAUAUUAAAAUUGGUAAAUUAGUAUUAUUAAGAACUUUUGUUGUAUUAAGACAUUGGAUUAUAAAUUAUUUUGUAGAUGAUUUUAAUAAUAAUUAUCAAUUAUGUGAUUUAUUUUCAAAUACAAUUAAUGAUUUAAUAAAUGAAUCAAAUUUAAUACGGGAAAAAAACAAUGAUAAUUAUUUUUUCAUCACAAAGAUAUUUGGAGAUUUAAAAACACAUUGGUUGAAUUUAAUUAAUGAAUUUUGGUCACUUAAUAUCGAUUUGGAAUCAAUUACUAAUAAAUAUCCAUAUUCAUUGCCAUUAGCAAAAGAUUUAAAUAAUUGUAAAAAACUUUCAAAAUGUAAUACUGAAAUGUCAAUUCAUACAAAUCCUUCAUAUCGACGUUCAGCAAUGCUUUCAUUAUAUGAUCAAAAAAUUCAUUAUAAAACAUUGAUUUUCAAUGAUGAUUCUCAUGAGGAAGAAAAUCCUCAAUAUUCAAUUAAUAACCUACUCUUACAACAUCAAUCAUCAAGACUUUCAAUAAAUAAUAAAAUUCAUGAAAUUCAACAACAACAAAAAAAAUUGACUAAAUCACCUACUUUUUCAACUUCAUUUAUUUCAAAAUCAUCACCAGCAAUUACUUAUGGUGGUGGAAAUAUGUCUCAAACUCCAACUACAUCUAUCAAAAACGCACCAAAGAAGAAUAAACGAGCAUUAGCUCAAUCAACAAGACAUAAUCGAAUGGAUAUCAAAGAUUCAGCAUUAGAAUUGAAAAAAACAAAAGCGAUAUCAAUUGAUAAUGAAGAUGAAGAAGAAAAAGAAAAUUCUGAUGUGAUAAGGACUCCAAAGAAAUCUGGUAAACAUGAUACUAUUGGGUUUUCAACAAAUGGUAAUAUUAAACUUCCGACAUCUAAAGUCACAAAAAUUGUACCACCAACACCUGUUAAAAAAAUGGAAUGUAACAUCUUGAAUGAUGAAUUUAAUUCACCAAGUCGAAAAAAUAGUUUUCAACCACCAACAACUGAAAGUUUAAAUGAUUAUGAAUUUGCAAGAAAAAAAUCAAUUAAAAAAUUAAUGGAAGGUUGGAAGAAAUCUUUAGUUGCACAUUCAAGAGAAUCUUUAUUUGAUAUACCGUAUUCGCAUAAAAGUUUAAGCGCUAAACCUUCUUCUGAAAAUUUGAAUCAUCUAGUCAACAAUGCAAUCAAUGUUAAGAGUGAAAUUGGAAAUAGAGUUGAUGUGUUAAGUGCUAGAAUAGUAGAUGAAUUAGAAUAUUUAAUAAGGUAUUAUAUAAGUGAUUCCAAUUCAAAUAGUAUAAUACAUGAAAUCGAUGGACAUUAUGUUGAUGAAAAUGGAGAUGAAUUUGUUGAUGUACCUGAAAGUCGACCAAUUGAUAAAGAAGUUGAUUUAAAACCUAUUGAUGUUUCACCAAAUAAUGAAAGUGAUGUUGAUAUAAAUGAUUUAUCAGAAUUAAACAUUAUUAAAAUUGAUAAUUUAAUAAAUGAAAAAGAAGAUGCAAUUCAAACAAUAAAAGUUCAAAGAAAUUUAUCAGAAAAUAUAUUAGAUGAAGUUAAUAAUUCUGCUGAAUCAUUUCAAAAACCUGCUAGUAUAAAUUGGAAUGAUGAAGAUGUAGUUGAUUUAGAAGCAUCUACUGAAAAAAUUGAAAAUACACCACCACCAUUAGGAGAAGAAGAUGAAUAUGAUGAAUUUAAUUUUACAAAAGAACUGGGACUGGGAGGAUCUAAUGUAAUAUAUAAUGAACCAAAUUUUAAUUUUCAACAAUCAAAUCAAUCAUUAGAUACAUCAACAAUAUCUACACCAAGUAAUUUUACUCAAUAUGAUGCAGAAAUUACAGAUUUAGGAAUAGCAUUAAGUCCACAACUGGGUAAACCUAAAAGAAUUAGUUUUUGUGAAAAAACAAAUAAUAAUAUUAAUAAUAAGAGAUUAUCAAUAUUAUCUAAAGGUUCUGCUAUGUCAGUUAUGAAAAGAGAUUCAAUGAAAUCUUAUUUAAGUUAUGAUUCAGCUUUUUCAAUUACAAAUGAUUCAAAUUCUUUUAAAAAUCAUAUAACAAUGAAUGAUAAUGGAUUAAAGAAAAAAACUGGAUUUAAUAAUUUACAAGAUAUUCAAAAAAUUAAUUCUAAUCAAGAAGAAUUAAAAGGUGCUAUAAAAUUAAGAUCAUCAUCACAUCUGUCAAGAAAAAGUUCUAAAAAAAGUGUUCGAUAUAGUACAUUAUAUGCAUUAAUUGAAUUACCAUUUAAUGAAGCUGAUAUUUUUAAUGAUGAUAGAAGAGCUUCAGUGGCAUCAUAUCCUGAAGUUCAUAAUAACAGUUCAAUAUUCUCAAUUGCUUUAAGAAGUAAAAAUAGUUUAAAUAGAAAAGAUCAAUUAUCAGCAGCUAUAACAGGUUCAUCAAAUAAUUCAGUUGCUAUACCAGGUAUAAGUAAUUAUGCAUUAAAAGAAUUAGCUGCUAUUCCUGAUGAAUCAAUGCAAUCAGCAGAAGAUCCAAUUGAAUUUGCAUUACAUAAAUUAGAAGGAAAAUAUCCAUCAAAGGCAACAUUGAAGAAGAAAGAUACUGAUGAUGAUCAGAACUCUAAUGUUGAAGAUGAAAAAAUUAAAAUAGAUGAUACUGAAGAUAUUUUAAAUCAAAUUAAUAAUGCACAUACAGAAGAUGCUAUUAAUAUGACAACUUUUGAAAAUCUUAGUGAUGAUACUCCAUUAACUCCAAUAAAAACUAAAACUAAACAAAAUGAUAGUUUUAUUGAAAGAUCAACAUCAACACCAGAAUCAAAUUAUAAAAUUUCAAAUUUAUUUGAAUUUCAACCACAUCAACAAAAAUUUAAUUCAUCAAUUGAAGAAUAUCAAUCCCCCAAAAUCAUCCUUGAUGGUUAUUCACCAUCAAGUGAUUUAUUAUCAGUUCAAAAUAUUAUUCAAAAUAAAUCUCAUAUAUCAUUUGUUUUAUCAUAUGAUUCAAAAACUUUAGCAAAUCAUUUUACAAUUAUAGAAAAAGAUAUGUUACAAGAAAUAGAUUGGAAAGAUUUAAUUGAAUUAAAAUGGCAAAAAGAAUUAACUCCAGUAAAUAGUUGGUUAGAAAUUAUAGUAAAUGAUGAUUAUUAUAUAAAAAAUAAAGGAGUUAAUUUAGUUAUAUCAAGAUUUAAUUUAAUGGUAAAUUGGAUUAUAUCAGAAAUUUUAUUAACAUCAAAUUCAUUGGAAAAAAUGAAUAUUAUUUCAAGAUUUAUUCAUAUUGCUCAAAAUUGUUUAAUUUUACAAAAUUUUUCAACUUUAAUGCAAAUUAUAUUAGCUUUAACUUCCAAUAAAAUUCAAAAUUUAAAAACCAUAUGGAGAAAUUUAUCACCUGGUGAUAUCUUGUUGCUUAAAAAUUUAGAAUUAUUAACUUCACCCAUAAAGAAUUUUUUAAAUUUAAGAAUUGCUAUAAAUUCAAUUAAAUCUUCAAAAGGUUGUAUACCAUUUGUUGGAUUAUAUUUAUCAGAUUUAACUUUUAAUGCAGAAAGACCAAGUAUAAUAAAAAGAAACAUCACGCAAGAAAAUGAUGAAAAUUCAAAUUCAAAUAAAUUAAUUAAUUUUUCAAAAUUUAGAACUUCUGUUCAUAUUGUAAAAUCUUUAAGUCAAUGUAUUGAAUGGUCAAUAAAUUAUAAUUUAAAAAUUGAAAAUGAAAUUUUAUCAAAAUGUUUAUAUAUACAAUCUUUAGAUGAAGAUGAAAUGAGAAUUUGUAUUGAAUCAAAUGUUUGA